AUGGGUGGGUACAUCAAGAAUGUUAUCGCUGACAUGGCCCAGUCUAUUAAAGAUGCUGGGUUUGAUCCUUUUUAUAUCGAGAGACAAGAAUAUAUCUACCAGCUGCCUGUGCCAGUGAUCUUCAAAAACGUCAUUUUAAUCGAACAAUUACUGAGCAAUGGAAUCAGUAACAUCGUGGUUAACUCCGUCAACUACAGUCUGCUCGCUUCUCGACUCACCUUUGAUAUUGAACUGCCACUCAUUGAUAUGGGUGUUGAUGCUGGCUCAGUGGAAACCACUGUUUUUGGGAGAAACUUUACAAUGAAUUCGUCUGGAAAGGUAGCCAUUCAGCGUAUGCGCUUCGUGGGUCAGAUCCGUUUUAUAGUGAAUUUAAUUCCGAGGCUCAGCAUCAGCGCUCGCAGCUCGAAGAUUGCCUUUACUAUGGACGGGAUCGAAUCCGAUGUAAAGGUCGUUGUUCAAAAUGAGGAUUAUUCUGAUAAAAUGAAUGAGUUCCUGAGUACAACUGUGCCAGCUACCUUCAAGGAAUACAGGUCUGAGAUCAACGAACUCCUGGAGAUCCUGUCGGUGGAGUACAUCAACAGUUAUUUGCAGGCACAGCAGAACAAUUAG